AUGAGUGGACGUGUCCCUGCUGUGGCCCAGUUAAGUUCCGAGGACUUGUUGCACCUCCAGACGUCAAUGUUGGUGCGGCGUCUGGGUGAAGGAGGGAGCGCUAAAGUGGACCUCGUGCGCUGGGGAAAGGGCGUCGCCUGCCUAAAGGUGGCCAAGUGCGAAUACAAUCGGGAGGAAUUCCUGAGGGAAGCGGAUAUCCUGCACCUUGUGGGUGGUGCCGGGGGCGCACCCCACCUCCUGGCCAUAGCAGAGCAUCCGCCCGCCCUCCUCGUCUCCUUCCGCGGGUAUCGGACUUUCCAUUCUUUCCGCUCGCUGCGGCCUCCCGACCUUACGUACCUCCACGUCCUCUGGUCCCUGGCGGAGUGCGUGGCCGAGAUCCACACGGCGGGCGUCGUCCAUACCGACCUCAAGCCGGACAACGUGAUGGUGACCCUCCCGAAGCGAGCCGACGGCUUCGUCAAAGUCAGAAUCGUCGAUUUCGGACACGGGCGGCUAGCGGGCGAGUACCCCGUGAUCUACGACGGCCUUUGCCCCGGGCGCUACUUCUGGGUGAGUCCGGAGGCCCUCGGCGGCGGCAGGAUCUCCCCGGCGUCCGACGUGUACUCCUUGGGCGUCCUCAUGAAGCAGGUCUCGGCAUGGAUGCAGGACAGCCCACCCACACUCACCCUCCUCGCUGCCCGAGCCACGCGCCCUCGCCCCGGUGACCGCUGUGACCUGAGGGAGGUCAGGCGAGGGGGGACGUUUUAUUCAAGGUAUAUAGAUCGUGAUAUGGCCAAAUAUGAGCUCAAUGAAAAGCAAAUGAAGUAA